CAGCCAUGUUCCGCGGGUGGCACAGAGCAGGAGUCAGUGUUGGACGGACUGUACGGUGGAUGCAGCAUGUGGUUGGUGGUGGGAGUGCGAGAGUGACCCGGGCUGGUUCCGUGUUUACUCCGACUCUGGCAGACGUGCCGGCCGACGCGUCGACGUUGUCGCACGGAUUGCUGCUUCGGGCUGGCUACGCCCGUGCACUGGCACCUGGACUGCACAUGCUGCUCCCGAUGGGCCGCCGUGUCCUGGAGAAUGUGUCGGGUGCAGUCCGAGCGGCGAUGGAUGGCAUCGACGGCAACGAGUGCACCAUGCCGCAUCUGGUGCCUCGCGAGCUGUGGGAGAUGUCUGGCCGGUUGCUUCCGCAAGAAGCCGACAGCGAGCAAGGAGACGAGAAGGAAGGAAGCAAGGGAGGCGGAAGCGAGAUAUUUGCUUUGGAAGAUCGGCGUGGAAAGACGCUUGUUCUGGCACCUACUCACGAAGAGGUCUUUACAGCUCUUGUCGCAGCAGAGCUCGACUCGUACAAGUCGCUGCCGCUGCGGCUGUACCAGAUCGGGACCAAGUACCGUGAUGAGAUCCGGCCACGGUUUGGGCUGAUGCGUGCGCGCGAGUUUGUGAUGAAGGACAUGUACACCUUUGAUGUCGAUGAGACUGCGGCGCGGGAGACGUAUGCGACGGUGACUGCCGCGUACACGCAGCUCCUGGUCUCGCUCGGGUUGCGGCCGCUGAUGGCUGCGGCGGACACAGGCAACAUCGGCGGCUCGCUCUCGCACGAGUUCCACGUCAUGGCGGAUGUGGGCGAGGACGCUGUGCUGCAGUGCAGCGGGGCCGAUGACGGGUGCGGGUAUGCGGCAAAUGUGGAGGAGGCCGGCGGCGAUAUGGCUGCAAGAGCUGCAGGUGCGGCGAGUGUCGAGCACACGGUGCUGGCCGGCAAGGCGACGUACUCGCUGCAGCUGCCUAGCGGCAUUGAGGUGAACAGACUGCGGCUGACGCGGGUCCUGGAGUCUCUGGGGCACAACGGACUGGACGGCGUGGAUGUGGCGGCGGCGCCGUCGGGUGCGAUGCCGCUGGAGCCAGUGCUGGCGUCGGCGUCGCUGGGGUGGGAGGACGUGGCCAGCGCUAGAGCGGGCGACGGGUGCCCGUGCUGCGAGGCUGGCGAGCUGGUGGAGCGGCGCGGGAUCGAGGUGGGGCAUGCGUUUCUUCUGGGAACCAAGUACUCGAGUGGGAUGGGCGCGGUGGUGCGUGUGCCGACGCGCGACGGCGGCGGGCUGACGGCGGAGCGGCCGAUCGAGAUGGGCUGCUACGGCAUUGGAGUCUCGCGGCUAAUGGCGGCAGUGCAAGAGGUGCACGGCGACAAGGACGGGAUGCGAUGGCCGCUUGCACUCGCACCGUUUGUGGCGACGCUCAUUGUGCCGCCGGCGCGCAAGGUGGCGCAUUCGCCCGAGCUUGCCGCCCGGGUGGCUCGGCUGGAGGCCGCGCUGAGCGUCUUGGGCGAGGGCCGCGUCCUUGUGGAUGAUCGCGACAUGUCAAACGGGCGCAAGAAGCGCGAAGCGGCGUUGGCGGGCAUCCCGGCCGCGAUAUUGGUCCACUCCAAGGCGCCGGAGCGUGCCGAGGUCCACAUCCGUAUGGUGACCAGUGGUGGAGCUGCACAUGACGAGGUGGUAGUGGUGCACGAGGACGCAGCGAUCGCAGCAGCGGCACGACUUGUGCAGAAGUAGCUGGAGGGACAGUCAGCGGGGCGGGUGGGCCCUAAUUAGAUGUCGACGAUGACAUAGAUGUCUGUA